AUGCUGGCGAACUCCAGCUACGAUGUGGCAGCUUUCUACUUCGGAGCCCAGUACUGCGGCAUCUGCCAGCAGAAGCUGAACAUCAUGUACGAUGCCUGGCAGCGUUUAUCAGGCGAGUGGAAGGCUCGGACGCUGGUCGCCGGUGUCGGUCUGAAUGAUUACGCGCAGCACAAUUACUUGUUUUGCACGGGGACGAUCUCCUCCGUGGUAGGCGACGAGCUUUGGAGCACAUGGCAAGUCCAGCAACGAGAUGUGGUUAUCUUAGUUCGCACCGGGCCACAGACGUGGAGGUCUUACUGCAAGUUCACCAUGAACUUGUACGACGAGCACUUCGAGCAGGUUCUCCACCACGUACUCAAGGAGGGCAGCGAUGCUUCAGAGAUCAAUCUCGAGACAGGCAGCGUCACUGCCGGCCGAGCGACGAUGGGACGUGGCAUGGCCAUGGUCGUGGUGGGAGCCAUCGCCGCCCCUGCGCUUAUCUCCUGA